GUCUGGAAGGCUCAAAGCCAGAGGCCUUUGAAGUGACCAUCGAGCCGGGCAAAGGAGUGAGCUUCGAUGACAAAAUGGGGAUGGUGUAUCUUGAACCUGCCGGCUGGACGCCGGUGUACUUGGUACAAGCAUCUGAAGCUCUCGAGGCCUUCAAGGAUCACCGACGAAGUGACAAAGGCCACGGUUUGGAGAGAGAAGGGGCCAAUCCGGCCCUCAAGGAUGCAUCAGGUUCAAGCGGAGACAAGACCAGCGGCGACGCCUUGGAUGCUCGGGUGCUUGAGGUAGAUUACAACGCUGCUGGAGAACGCCACAAGGAUUGGAAACAGCUGGUCUUGGAGGCGAAAGAUUACGCCUUCGAGGACUGGCCACUCGAAGGGCCCCUUUCUACAGCUCAUCUGCUGCGACACUUCGAGAAAUUCGGCGGGGAUCCCAAGCGGUGGCUCAGUGAAUGGAUGCGAACCAAACAGGUUGGCGAAGCGGAUAGAGUGGCUUUUGAAAUGCGAACUCUUAUUGAAUGCUUGUACAUCGCCGGCUGUUACGAUCAAGUCAACAUUCCCUCCCUUGCCAGUAUGGAAGUCAUUUCUCGAAGAGUCCAAGCAAUAGUAGACACAUACGCAGCAGGAAGCCCCGGCAACCCUGACUGGAGCAGCGCACGUGUGAUCACCGGAUAUCGUGGAGCUGACGACGCCAUCUCACCAUCCGCGCGCGCUUGGGCGGCGAGAAAGAACAAAGAGGAGACUGACCUUGCUGUCUCCCGCGCCCGUGUUCGUGACCACCGUCGCGGUCUUCAGGUCAGCGAGGACGCUGCGGCAACAGCGGUCGCAGAAGUGAUCCGCGCAUGGCCGGGGGCGAGCCCGGAGCUCCUGGUCGUGGACAACAGUCUGGGCAUGCACGACCCGUAUUUGCGAGCGGAAGCUUUAGUGAAACUUCGAAUUCAAGCUUUUGUCCUGAUGAUCUUCAACAAGAAGUUCUUCAUCGUGUUUCUUAUCUUUCUGGCCUUUGUCAAGACUGAGUACGGCUCCGCCCUGCCGACAUCAUUGGCGACCUGCUCGCUCGAGCGUAUCUCUUUACCCGAAGACGUUAGCGAUGCCCCUCCGGUGGAGUCGCUUUUGGAUGAGGAGACCCGUCGAUAUCUGCAGUGUCCGAAGCAUAUGCUGAUGCCUGACGCUCAAGGCGCCUCGGAAUUUCAGCCUUACUGGGAUCCCCUUCUUAGGAGGGACUACAGUCUUUACAAGCGGUUGAUUCGUAAGCUGGAUAAAGCUGGCCUCCUGGUUUAUACCGAUACUCCUAAAUCCUUCUGUGGAAUUUUCUUCGUGAAGAAGAGCGAUGGUGUCCGGCUCCGACUUAUUGUCGACGCCCGGGGGACCAACCGCCUCUUUAAGGCACCUCCUGGAGUGGACUUGUUAACCUCCGAUGGUUUUGCAAGGAUUGAGUUAGUUCCACCUCCUCAUUUGGCACCUGGCUCGAAGGAGUUCACACAGUUUUUGGAGCAGCAAAAGAUCGCGAUUGGCUUGUCGGACGUGAAGGACUGCUUUCACAGGAUGAAGCAGCCACGAUGGCUCUCGGACUACUUCUGUUUUGAUCCGGUGCCUGCAAGCCUUGUCAACUUGGCAGGAACGAUGAUGAACGGUCGACGACUGUCUCCGGAUGAGAUGAUCUACCCUGCUGGUGCCUCUCUCGCCAUGGGUUUUACCUGGAGUCUUUUCUUUGCACAACGUGUGUCGGAGCGCCUUGUCAGCCUUGCCCCUUCCCUCUCAACAUCGCAGCUGGUGAAUGACAGGAUGGGGACUGUGGUUUUGGAGCCCGACGAGGAGGCAAAGGUUCAUCACUAUGUGUACGUUGACAACUUGGGGGUUAUUAGCACGGAUGAGAAAACCACAGAUACAAGCUUGCGGGAGAUUGAGAACAUCUUCACUAGUCACAGUCUGUUGCUACAUCCUGGCGAGGUGUCCUGCGGAAGCACACGAGCGCUUGGUUGCGACCUCAGAGCCGACCUUUUGGCCUCUCGUGUUACUCCCGAGAGAUAUCAUAACCUCAGACAAGCAAUCGAAGGUCUUCUUCGUCGGCGAAAAGUGUCUGGGAGGCUCGUCGAGUGCAUCGUAGGGCACACGACGUUCGUGGGGCUCAUGUGCAGGCCAAUCUUGAGCAUUUUUAACACUGUCUAUCGGUACGUUCAUGCUCAUUAUUGGAAGCCCUCCGUCCUUUGGGAUUCGGUGCGCGAGGAGCUCACGAUGUUCCGCGGCUUGAUGAUCUAUCUCCAUUCGGAAUGGGUCAGGCCCUGGAGCAACUAUGUGAGUGCGACAGAUGCCUCUCUCCGCGGAUACGGUGUUGUGUCAUCUUUCUGGAAGGUCGCCGAUGUCGCGGCGGUCGGCAGGGAGCUCGAGCGGUCUCGCUUCAAGAAGCUCGGGAUGCACUCUGCCCGAGACUCAGCUCUCACCGCAGCUGGGUUCACCAGAGACGAAGCCACUGAAGAAUGGAGGGCUGGGUGGCUUACAACGACCGAGUACUUGAACAGGACCCGCUGGGGUCUCAACGAGACCUUCAAAGAGGUGCCUGGCCGCCUCCUCAGCUCUGAAGACUGGUUUCCGUGCCUUUGGGGACAAUGGCGACAUGAAGGGGAAAUUCUCGAGUUGGAGGCUCGAGCGCUCGUCAAGGGGAUCCGUCGCAUUGCUCUUAGCCGGUUUGGGCAUGAUCUCAGACAGUUGAUGCUCACCGACAAUAUGAGUGUAUGUUUGGCGUUUGAUAGAGCUCGCGCCCGCAGCUAUCCACUGCUGAAGCAAAUCCGAAAGUUUUCGGCUUAUCUCCUGGCACGGAACAUCUCCUGCGCAGUACGUUGGGUGCCUUCAGAACUCAACAAUGCUGACAAACCUAGCCGAAUUGAUUAUGAGGAGGAUAGCAAACAACUUACCCAUGUCCUCCCCGCCAUCAAAGUCCAGGAGAGAGCGUUCGCUGAAGCCACCUGUGUCGGUGGUGCCAAAGGCCAAAGCGAACAGCCGCAGCUCCAGGCUAGAAGUUCCGGAGCCGACGGUAAGCGUGAAGACCAGGAGAGAGCGACCGACGACGGUAGACCUCGAAGCAAAGCUGAGGACACCACGGAGCCGCUGCAGCUUCGACCUCUCGAACCAGAAAGCCCUUGUCGAGCCGAAGGUUACGAGCAAGCGGAGCCGGGAGAGAAGCGUCAGACAGUCGUCGACAGGGCCCUGGCCGACGAGGGGCAGACUUACCUGGAGACCAAGGCGGUAGCAACGAGCACCUCGCGUCAGUACCAGGACGAGCUCAACCGGUUCUUGAAGUUUGCACAGCCGAGGGGCCUCAGUUUGACGGACGCCACCAGGACCGACGAGCUCCUCCUGGACUACCUCAACCAGCUGUACCUGGAAGGUCACCAGAGCUACAAGGCCGACAGGCUCAUGGCGGCCUUCCUGCACCGUUACCCGGAGUUUGGCCGUCUCGGAAGCAAAAAGCUCCCACGGACCUGGCGGGGGCUAAAGGGCUACCGACGGCUUACACCGGGAAAGACACGCAAGGCGUACCCGCUGGCAGUCUGGGCGGCCAUCGCCACGGAGAUGAAGAGAACUGGCUACCUCAGGAUGGGGCUCUUCCUGCUCAUGGCGGUUUCGAGCUACGCGAGGCCGUCAGAGCUUCUGAGGGCGAAAGCCUGCAGCCUCCUGAGACCGGCAGCUGGGGUCACCAAGACGUGGUCGCUGCUGCUCUCGCCGGAGGAGGAGAACGUCAAGUCCAAGACUGGAGACUUCAACGUCUCCCUUCUGCUCGACAGCCCGUGGCUGGUGACUUGGUGCGAAAAACCCUUCUCCUUUCUGAAGUCCUGCCAUCCGACGACACCUCUGUGGGAUUUCGGGUAUCCAGAGUACGCGGAGGUGUUUCGCAACGUGACUGCCCGUUUGGGAGUGGAUGCCACUCCUUACCAAACGCGGCACAGUGGCCCCUCCAUCGACCGAGCUCGAAAUUAUCGGACACUUCUGGAGGUUCAAAAGCGCGGCCAGUGGAAAAGCUACAAAAGCGUGGCGAGGUACGAGAAAAGUGCAAGCCUUGCCAGAAGCUGGGAGGAGUUCAGCAUGAACUUCCGGGUGCACGCGGAGCUUUGCGAGCAAAACCUUGGGGCAAUCCUGUUGGGAACGGCCCCAGCUCCCGCUUUCGUGACAACAGGGACCUGA